CAGUUCAUUGCCAUAAAAUCUGUCGAUAGCGUGUUGUGUGAUUAUCAUCCGAUAUUCUUAUUAUAUCUAAGUUGGUAAUCGUAUAAGUCAACAAUAAACAUGUUUCAGUAUUUUCUUGCUUUUCUGUUAAUUAAUUCGUGUUAUCAAAGUUUAGGAGUACCGCUACCAGCAACUGCUCCAAAUCAUUUAUUAUCGAAAUCACUCGUUGCACUAGCGGGUCAAUGUGAAAAUGCGUUUUUAGCAAAUCAACUUAAAAGCAAAAUACACGAUUGUGCGAUAUUCGUUCCACCGUAUAGUAAAAAGCAAUUCCAGUGUUUGAUAUUCUAUGACAUAAAUAUGCAGUUGUGUUCUGCUGUGGCUAUGAAUAAACUGUCACUGAACGACGAUUAUCUGGUUAAAAUAAAUGAGAAGCAGGAUGUUAACAAUGUGUGCACUCUAGCAAAGGACUGGGUUUUCACGAACAUUACAGAAUUCGUCAAUUACAAAACAACAGCAGAAAAAUUCUUCAAAUUACCUGCAACUUGUGGCGAUAUUUGUGGCGUAGAAGAAGCACUGAAUGAAGCCAACUACUAUUGCAAGUAUUAUAUGUGGGGCAUAGACAUGUUGAAGACUCAGGUGUCUACAACAGCCAAUAAUGCUAACAACAAUGCAGUUGCAGUACCCGAGCCUGAUGUUAUUGCUAAUGCUGAUAUUGCAGUACCAAAUAACAGUUAUCCAAUAAACCCACAGGAUAUUAACACACAUAAAUUAAAGGAACAAAUCCAACAAACUCAACCAGGUGUAGCCCAUACACCAGAUGUUAAGGAGGAACAACCAGUGGUCAAUGUUGAGGGUGUAAAAUCAGAUGCAGCUGUGCCUUCUACACCUCAGCAGACAUCAAGUGUUGUAGCGGCUGAAGAUGCAAGCAAAAAUGAAGAUGCUGAAGGGAAUGUGGAGAGGGAAGAUGAUCCCUCCAUGCCUUUGCCAGAGAAUAUAAUACCUAGUGACAAUGCUAAUGCUAAUAAGUCAACUGUGAGUACUGGGAAAAAGCCAGCUGAGGCAAAAGAUGAUGUUGUGCCCGAGGCUGGAAAAGACUUGCCCCUUAACGCUGAGCAGAAAGAGGCUGUGCUGGACAACCCUAAGCCAAAAGGAAUUGGAGAUGCUGAUGACUAUGCAGAUUCUGAGGGUAAUGACAAUGUAGGGGAUGAUGAUGGAGAGGACCCCGGAUUGGAGAUCAAGCCAGAACAGGAUGCCAAUCAAAAUACUUUCAGUAAGACCAAGCUCAAUGUACCCGCCCCUGAAGACGAUGCCCCUCAGAAAGAAUACUUCCCCAACACAGUUCCCGAUGGUUUCUCAGAGGAUAGCGACCACUUCUUCCCGUUCUUCAUGACGUCAGUCGUUCUUAUGGUGUUGCUAUACGUCCUGUACCAUAACAAGAGCAAAGUGACCAAAGUGUUCUUUGGCUUAAUACUUGAGGGUCGUCAAAGCGGUCGUCGCCGCAACAGCAGGGGUCAUUCCUACCGUCGCCUGGACACGUUAGAGCAAGCGAUGAAUACAAACACCGCUGCACCGCCCAGCAAGAUCAUAUACUGAAUACCGGUAAAGCGGGGUUAAUAGGUCCAGGGGUGAAUAGAAACAAAUUUAAGACAGUUUUGGUGUUAUAGUUUACCAAAUAUGAAAAUAGCUUAUCUUGAUUACGCAGUUACGUUUCUACUGUAGGUACUUGUAAUUUAAUACAGUAAAUGUGAUUCAUACAGGCAGGAUACCAACUCUAGACCGCUAGUGCAAUAUCCUAAUUUUUUUUAACUAUUUAGAGCCUUAUAUUAAUGAUUUUAUGCUGUUAUCCUAGUGAAUCCGCUGUUCAAAUUGUCUCUAUACACCUGGGUAUCUAUCUGCCCCAUUUUGCGGUAUCAGUUUAACACUUAGGUAACAAAGUGACCGCCAUGUCGCGGAAGUGAUAGGUACUCUACGGCUAAACAUUUCUGUAAUAAAUUUAUAUUACUUAAAUAACGUAUUUAAACUGAAUUUUUAUAUGAAGGUAAUUCGCUAUUCUGUGGUAACCUCGAUUAUUUUAAAUUUUCCCGAUUUUGUUUGAACUUGGCAUUAUAUUUUGUGGUGUAGUUGUAUCUCUACAACUUUUUUAUUAUCUAGUCUUUGUAAUGCCCUGGUGAUGAAAUACAGGUGCUAUUUUUCCAAAUUUUGUUUCCUUUUUUUGUAAAAAUAUAAAAGGAUUUUUCGACAAAAUAUUCUUUCGCCAAGGAACUGAAAUUAAUAUAGUUGGUCUUGAGUUAUUUGUUUAACAUAAAAAUGAGUGAUGAUCAUGGUCCAAAGCUGGCCUGGUUAUGACAGUUUUAUCGGCAAGUAGUAGCAGGCAAUACUGCAACACUUCAAUGUGUUUUUCACAAUAUCAUAUAGCAAAGUGAUUCCGCCUUUUUUAUUUAUGGUUUCAUAAAUUUUGUAAGGCAUCCCUGGCGGGCUAAUUUAUUUUUACUUUUGUAACUCUUCACUUCUAUACUUUAUUUAACUACGCCACUAUCAUUCCCAAUUUGAUACCUUUUGAUAUUUAUCGAAUACUUACUAAGUUUGUUUGCACGCGGUGCCUCUUCCCUGUACGGGCAUUAUUAUAUAAAUAUUACUACUAAGCAGCUUCAUUAAGGCGAAAAGUACAACACUAGGUUAGUAGAAUCAAAAAUAAAAUAAAAUUUAAUAUUGAUAAACUUAUAAACAACUUUACGUUAACUGUGAUUAGAAUAAUAAAAAAAGAAAAAAAAUGCUAAGAUACUUUUGAGCCGGUAAUUUUUAUGGGUCUUAUUUUUUUACUUAAUUAUUAUUAUUUAGUUCCUAAAUAUUACGUGUUACUUUAUGAAAUUUUGAUUAUAGAAUAUAGACAUUGGCCCCUGGUUAGAUCUCAAUAUGUUUAAAUAUUCGAAAUUAUAUUGGGGUUACUUACACAUUCAAAUUCAUAUUUAUUAUAUCAUCAACUCCCUAGAUAAGUGAGAUUUCUGCAAGCGCUAAUACUGAUCAAAUCGACCAGACGUAUCGAUUUGACUGGUCUUGUCACGACUAACGUGACUUGUUGAAAAGUAACCAUUGCUAUACAUUCGAGCGAUAACUAUCAAUGUGAACGGUUGUAAAAUUUACAUUUAUCUAUAGUGGUUUAUCAUUUCUUUGUAUACUUUUCGAUAACAUUUGCUGUAGGUAGUAGUAAAAAUAGGAAUCCGAUUGAUAUAUUUACGUAAAAAUGUAUGUACUACAAACUUUAAAAUUCAACGUGACUGCUUCUGUAUUUUCAUUACUUGACCAAUUAAAGUGUUAGAAAGGGACAAAAUAUUAACGUGUGUUUAGGUUGUGGCUUUCGUACUGCCAAUUUUUAUUUACUUUUUUAGCUUAAAACACAAUCAAUUAAAAAUAAAUUUGUAAUCUAAAUAACGAAUCAUUUGUGUACAUUGUGUAAAUAAAUGUCGUGAGCUUGUCCAUAAAAAAAUGUGAUGGCAGAAUUCUCAAUAUCAUUUCUUUCCAUUUGGUUCCGGUUGUGAAUAUUAGCAAUAUAGAAUUUAAGUAUUAUAUUAUAAUAUCAUGAGUAUUAUAACAGUUUGAAUUUUCAUUUGUAGUAACAUACAUAUUUUAAAUGGCAACACGCGAUUUCUUUUUAUUUUAUGGUGUAAUUAUUAAUGUUCAUGCAAAUCGUGUCCUCUAAGGACUAGUUUAAGAUUAGAUUUAAUUUAUUUCACUUUGUAUUUAUAAUAAAGUUAAAAACACACA